GCCUGUGCUAGCUUUAAGAAAAGACUACUUAGAAGCUGUCCCACAGACCAUGGAUUCAUCAUGGCCUGAAAAUAGAAUUUUUCUGCCUUCAUUUCAUUCAGCCUAACCUCGCAAAAGGUGAUCUCAUGAACCUGGGACACUGCAAUCGUCAUAAACAUGAGUCAGUUGCCGAAUUUGGAUCGCAUGACCAUAGGAAUGGUGGACGUACACUUACGUACUGGACUCUUUAUAGAUAAAAAGGAUUCCCUCCAGCAGCCAACAUUCAAAUAAGCCGGGAUCAGUUCAACAUCAGACAGACAAACGAUCAAGCAAAAAAUAAUAUUUUAAUUAAGGAGCUUCCAAGGAGAAAACUACACCUCCAUCAACACAGGCAGAUGGAUCAAACCUACUUCACACAUAACUAAUUUACCCAAUUACUGGCUUAGCAUCACUUUUAGUCAAGUACUGUCCUGCUCUGUUCAGUUGCAAAUUUCAGUAACAGAGGAUUCCAGGUUUAUCCAAGGUAGGGUGGGCAACUGCAGCUUGCAACCCUCCAGGUGGGGGGUUUCUGUUGACUCCACCAGCCUUCUUCCUGUCCCUCUGAUCUUCAGCCCCAUUCCAUGGGGGUGGAUGGCAUGUAUGAGAAGAGCAGAAUGCUGAAUAUACAAAACAGCACAUGGAGUAAUCGCCAAGAGUGGUACCAAGACAGUUUGGUGACAGGACAACUCAACCCUGACAGCUGUCAGCAGCUAGAAAGUAGCUUGGAUUCUGAGCACACCCAAGGUGGUGGCAACCAAGACCUAGAUGACUCCCAAAUCCAUUUGCAGCUGAAGCGCAAAUUGCAAAGAAACAGAACUUCUUUUACACAGGAGCAAAUAGAGGCAUUGGAGAAAGAAUUUGAGCGUACUCACUACCCUGAUGUCUUUGCCCGUGAACGCUUGGCAGCAAAAAUUGAUCUUCCUGAAGCCCGGAUCCAGGUCUGGUUCUCCAACCGUCGAGCUAAAUGGCGUCGGGAAGAGAAACUGCGGAACCAGAGGCGCCAAGCAGGUGGCACUGGAGGGCACCUGAUCAUAAACAGCACUUUUGGCACUGUAGGCAGUGCUGUCUACCAGUCACUCCCCCAGCCUAUAGGGUCAGGUGCUAUGCUGGGCCAUACAGAAAGUGUCCUCAGCAACAACUAUGGUUCUCUUCCACCCUUAGCUCCCUUUUCCAUGGCCAACAACAGCCUCCCUAUUCAGCAGGCGGUGCCCCCUGUUGCCAGCCAGACAUCGUCUUAUUCCUGCAUGCUUCCUGGCAGCCCUUCAGUGCGAAGUUAUGAUUCAUACACACCCUCUCAGCUCUCCUCUCAUAGUCUGAACUCCAGCAGUGGGACCUCUACUGGGUUGAUCUCUCCAGGAGUGUCAGUUCCUGUGCAAGUCCCAGGUGGGGAUUCUGAUCUUGCCCAGUAUUGGCCACGACUGCAAUGAGCACAAAAGUGGUGGAGGAAAAAAAAGCAAACAAGCAAAAAGGAAGGAAGGUUAAUGGAGAGAAAAGGGCUUUUCCUCUGCAGGGGGAAAUACAGGAAUGGUGAAAAACUCUCAGGGAAGGGAUGGCACACAGGGAGAGCUUCCCUGCCCUUCCCUCUUUGUGUCUUUAAGUUAGGCAACCUCAUCUGUCUUGGUUCUAAGGCAGCGUUUUUCAACCUUGGUAACUUUAAGAGCUGUGGACUUCAACUCGCAGAAUUGGUCAGCCAGCAUGGGGAAUUCUGGGAGUUGAGAUCCACACCUCUUGAAGUUGCCAAGGUCGAAGAAUGCUGCUCCAAAGCUUCUCUUGCCUCCUUCAACAUUUGUGUGUGCAUCUACAGCUGCUCUAUGCCCGGUUGGCAUUCUGUCCCAUAAGCCUCCUCUUCUUGUUUCGCUCCAGAGAUAUCUGCAAGGUCUGGUCAAAAACGUCAAGAUGGAGGCCAGUUUCAGUCAUGCUGCUGCAUACUCCAUCUUGACGUUUUUUUAACUAGACCUUGCAGAUACCAAAAAUAGAUCAGGAAGGAAAUGGAACAUCUUUGGGGGGAAUCCAGCAUAAAGGAUUUUGGGAGGAGGGAAGAGGGGCAAAGAGAACUAGUGUCCCUUGCAGGAAUAGCUGCAAAUGGCAGGAAAUGAAUAAUGAAUAAAAGAAAGUAAGUACAAUAUAAAAGAAAGUUGGAACCUUGGACAGUAAUGCUUAGCAAAAGCUUGAAAAGGUGGCAGUGGUAUUCAUUCAUUCAUUUACUUCCUUACAAUUUAUUUGUCUGACUUCUGAUUCCCACCUUUCAAAUGGGAAUCAUUGGAUGCAGUGGGAAGCACAAGAAUGUUCAUGAGAGGAAAAAUAUGCACCAAUCCUCUUUUGACCUAUUGCAAAAGUCUGCAGGAAAGCAUAGGAUACCUACAUUGGCAAGUUUUGCAAGGGAUUGUGAGGAUGAAAAUCCCUCCUGUAGUACUGUGGGAAAAUUAGGUGGUGCAAAGGUUACUAGUUUACUUCACUGAUGUGUGAUAUUCAGUAUUUUGGUUUUUUAAAAAAAAAACAAAAUUGCCCUUUUCCGCAUAACCUAGUUUCUGCUAUCUGCCCAGCCCCACAUAUUUUCUCUCCUGCAUGCAACUCAUUUAGCUGAAUUUUACAUGGACCUCAGAGCUUGGGAUGUCUGCUCUCCCCCUAACCACUUACAUGAACACACAUACUACUUGUAAGUUCAAACUGUUUCAUGUGUGUUAAUAAAGGAUCUGUGUACAUAAUACUCCAUAUGUGUGUGUGUGUUGUAUGUGCACAUGUAUGCAUGCACAUGUGAACAAUACAGUCACAUCAUCCCAGUUCUAAGUAAUAUGGUCUUAUGCCAGAACUGGGAUAGUGAGGUAGAAUGGGAAAGAUAAGAGGCUAGAGAGAGGGAGAGAGGAUGUAUUAUUACAAUGCAAAAAUGUAGUACACAUCUAUUAAAGCUGCAUAAACAAAAGAAAACUCAAUGUCAGCUUUUCUGUAAGUUUGAUUUUAGGUUUGGAUAUUGUGGAGGAGAUUUUAGAACCUAUCUGUUAUAAGUUAGUGUUAAAGCUGCCUCUUGCUCUCUCAGC